CCUUUGCUCCUCCCGCCUCUCUCUCUCUCUCUCUCUCAUUUUGCUCUGAUCCGAUCGAUAUUGCAGUGGAAUCUAUUUCGAAACCCUAGCACUUGGAAUCGGAUUGGGGCAAAACAAGAAUCUCAUACGGCGAAUCGGUCCGCAAUCUUCGCGUAAGCUCGAUAUAGAUGUUUUUGAUGGUUAAGGAAGCUAAAUCUCGUCGGAUAUGACGAAAGUACUUGCUCCCGGUGCUUUGGAUUCGAGUUCUCUUCAGAUUGGUGGAGGUGCGAAGGUUGCGCCAAUGGCUAGGAGGAAGACGCCUUCGGAGCUGAGAGGAGAGCAGUUGAGACGGAGUAGUCUGAAAGACCAAGCUAAUGAAUCAUUUGAUGUAUUGCUGCGGGGUUGCAAAAGGACUAUCGAGACAGAUAAUGGAAUCAAGAAACAGGAACAGUUGAAGAACCCGAAAUACAUAGAGAUGCGUAUGGAUGAGUUAUAUCCCGUAAAAAAGGCUAGGUCUUGGAUGCUUUCUGGGAAAGAAAACCCCAAGGAAAACAAUGUCAAAGAGAAACCCAGUUGCCUAAAGAACGUUACUUUGAUUUCAAAUGUUGCUGCCAACAAAAGACAGCACCUUGUGCGUGAGCAGGAAAAUGCUGCUGCUGCUGAAGCUUCUGAUGAUGCUAAAGUCCAGGCUCAUCAAUCAAUUGAGACAUGUAGCCAGAGUAGAUUUCGCAGUGUCACAGAACUGUCAACUGUUGGUGUAAAAUCAUCGAACUUGGCAGCUAUUGAUAUGAACAAAGCGCUGAAAGCACUGGCCACUUGUGAACCAUUGCUGGGCCGGAUUGGUGAGUCAUCUGGAAAAUCUGAUAACCCUACACCAAGUGGGACUUUUGUGUCUGAGUUCCAUGUGGCGGGGCAAAAUAUUCCCCUGGACCUAUCGCUGAAGACUUGUAUGCGACUUGUUUCCACUUCUCCUGUAAAUUGGCUUCAUAGGUCAAUUAUGUGCAGUACCUACAAUGGCAUGCCACAGUUGAAAUCGCGAUCUGGUAAUGCCGAAAAUUACGAUACAAGUAGUUCUGGAUCAACAGUGGUUUCUCAGGUAUUGAAUUCCAUGGCGCUGCAUUCGUGGGUUCAUCCUCAAUCCACUCUGCCACCCUUUAUCAUUUCAGCGUUGGUAGCAUCAGGACAAGACAUGGCUGAAAUUGAUUUUUUAAGAGACCGGCAAUCAGCGUGGGAGGACUCUUUUCGAAGUCUGUACUUUAUGUUUCGAAAGAAUCUCUGCAACAUUUUUUAUGUCUGUACUUCACAGUUUGUGGUAAUGUUCACUGCUCGUGGUGGCAAUGGGGGUACCAAACGCUUAUGCAGUGGCUAUAUCACCCAAUCAACUAGAAGACUGAGAGCCCUGUUGAAAGAACUCGACAUAUGUUUUUCCAUGCCUCUUUGUCAAAGUAAAAUGGAGCAGGUCACUACUGAAGAUCUUGUUGAGCUCUCAGAGAUAGAGAAACAUAACUUAGGCCAGACUCGACGCCGGAGUUCUUUCUCUGACAUAGAUAAUACUCCAGAGUCUUUGUUAGCUUUUAUCGGAAACCAGAGCGUACAUGGGUUAUAUGACCUUCUGUUAAAUUAUAGGUCGUCAUUGGGAUUCUUGCCCACCGCUGAUGUUCCUGUGUUAUACUCACCGGUGCCCUUUCAGAACGCAGCAUUGUCCUCUCCCGAGAUCAAGUGUACGGAGAUGGUAAGGAUGGAACAUUCAGGUGCCCUGCCUCUGAAAACCCCACCAGGUGAUCAUUGCUGUAUGGUCGAGGUCAAGGGUUCUUAUCUUCCCCCAUGGAUUAUCAGCAAUAUGUGCGCUAUCGUGGGUUCUGAUGGACGAGACUUUGAAGCCAGCUUUGUGACCGAGCAAACCUCAGUCGGUUUAAACGUAGCUCUUCCAGAAGUCUCGGAGAAAACAGACACUGAACCUCGAGCAGAAGAAGGUACAUUACAAAUCAAUGAAGCCUUUGGUGUUCAUGGAGCCACGUUUUGCCAUCAGCUUCGGUCAGGCCAACUAAAAAGCUUGAAGUACUGCAAGCAAUCUUACAAGGUUUCACUAUCGCCUUUGUGAUUCUCCUCCAUUCAGUUUUUUUAUCAUUGUGCUGUAUGUUAAAAACACCAAAACAAUGAAUCUAAUCAAAACCCAAGGGUUUGUAAUUGUUAAUUUUUGGCUAGACAUUGAUGUACUCUCGGUCCUAUGAACCUGAUUGUGAA